AUGAGAGUUUAUAGUGUUGAUGAGAUCGAACAGAUGAUAGCUGAUGGCCAUACUAUAGUUAUCUAUGGCAAAUACGUACUCAAGCUGGACCAUUGGCUGGAAAAACACCCUGGUGGAGAUAAGGCUAUCCAUCAUUUUGUUGGACGUGAUGCAAUGGAUGAAAUGGACUCGUAUCAUUCACCAGAGACUAUUUCGCACUUCAAAAGGUUCAGUAUUGGUGUCAUCGAUCACCGUUGGAUCAACCUUUUACCUCCUAUUCAAGGUGGUAUCUACAGUACGCACAAGGAAAAAUUACAGACGGAUAAAUUGAUGUCAGGUGAAAUGAAGGUUACCAUCAAACCGAAGAUGCCCCAGGGAAUCAUCCCUAAAUCGGGCAUGUCCGAAUUGUGUCCAAUAGUACAGUCUUCUUCUACAAACCCUAUUAGAGAUCCAGAGGUAGUGGUCAAUAAUUUCGACAAUAGGUUGGUUCAAAAGGAUUUGGACAGUAUACCUUCAUUAGAUUAUGAUACCCAAUGGUUUAUCUCUCUGAAAUACAAUGAACUUCACGAUACCUUGGUUAAACAGGGUCUGUUUGACUGUCAAUACAUCGAAUACUUCAAACAAUUCUGCAUCAACUUUACAUUACUCAUGUAUGUUCUUAUUUUCUUCAAAACUGAACACUAUUUCCUUAGUGCUGUGUUUUUGGGCUUUUUCUGGCAGCAACUUGUCUUUGUAGCUCAUGAUGCAGGUCAUUUAGCUAUUACUCAUGAUUAUCAGAUCGAUAAUAUUAUCGGUACUAUCAUCGCAGACUGGAUUGGUGGUCUAUCUCUCGGCUGGUGGAAACGCAAUCACAAUGUCCAUCAUUUGGUAACCAACGAUCCAGUUCACGAUCCUGACAUUCAACAUCUUCCUUUCUUUUGCGUCAGUUCAAGACUCUUUGGUAAUCUCUUCUCUACUUACUAUGAGAGAUUUCUUUGGUUUGAUAGGUUUGCGCAAAAACUCAUUCCAAUUCAAAGCUAUCUGUACUAUCCAAUUCUCAGCUUUGGAAGAUUUAACUUGUAUAGACUUUCACUCGAGUAUUUGAUCAAGGGUCAGGGUCCAAGAAAGGGUAAAGGUGCUUGGUUUAGAUGGUUUGAAUUUGCUGGACUUUUCUUCUUCUGCUAUUGGUUCUUCUACUUGGUCUGUGGUGCACUACCUUCCAGAUGGGCCAAAUUUCAAUAUAUUAUGGUGUCGCAUAUUUCCACUAUGAUUGUUCACGUUCAGAUUACUCUUUCUCACUUUGCCAUGUCUACUUCUGAUCUCGGCACUUCAGAGACAUUUGCAUCACGUCAAUUACGUACUAGUAUGGAUGUUAGUUGUCCUGAAUGGUUUGAUUUCUUUCAUGGAGGUUUGCAGUACCAGGCCAUUCACCAUUUAUUCCCUAGAUUGCCUCGUCAUAACCUUAGAAAGGCCCAGAAAUACGUCUUAAACUUUUGUGAAGAAACAGGCCUCAAGUAUUCGAUAUAUGGGUUUGUUCACGGAAACGAAAAGGUGCUUUUGAAGAUGGACGACGUGGGAAAGCAGGUGAGUAUAUUCAGGGACUGUCUAAAGAGCAUGAAAAUGGAAGACAUUGAGGGAAGAAACAUUUAUGAGAAGAAGGUUGCUCAGGUGGGCAGCUAG